AGGUUUUAAAAAGAACAAAAAAUGGCAGAAGAUAAAUCUUCAAAAAACAAAGGCCAGAAGAGACCACAUGGCUGUGAACAGUGGUGGAAAAUGAUACGUUCAAAAAUACCAGGCCAACAAGCCCCUGACAAAGAUGAUGUUGGGCCUUCUAAGGAAAAUUUAUCUCCGCCCUUAUCCCUGUUGGAACCCAAGAGACACUUGAAAGCAUUGGCUGAUGAGAAAAGGCGCAGAUCUGAUGUGGGCUCUAAGCAAAACAGACCAGACCAGCAAACGCUAGGGGGUGCUAUGAAACACAAAGGAACCCUGCACGAUGUCACAAACCAGAGAUUUCCUCAGAGCACAAGGAGCCCCACCCCGUUGAGGUCUGGACGUGGCCUACCACAUGAAGCAACGCUGCAGACUUCCACCCUGUCCCAGCCGAAAGGACGUGGUAACGUGAAAAGAAAACAUGCACCCCAAACAGACUGUGCUUUUGAGCCAAACUCUAAGAAGCAGAAAAUUGACAAUUCUAAUAUGGAUGCAUCUUUUAGGGAAAUGUGUGGGAGCAUGCUAAAACUGAUGGCAGCUACCACUGCUGACUUGCAAGAACUUGCUGCCCUUGCAAACAGUUUGCAAUCAUUGGGUUUGCGCAGUAAAGGACUUUCUUUUGAGCAGAUUCAAGAGCUGUACUCUGAUGAUUUAGCACAGAAUGACCGAAUGGUGGAGCAAUUUGUGCAACCCCAGGCAUGUAUAUCAUGCAGUGAGUUCCACAACAACAACAACAUUGUAUUUCAAUAA